AUGCUAAGAAACUGGAGUCAUUGUCGUAAUCCUGCUAAAAAAGCCAAAUUGGAUCUAAGCAUAUCAACAAACAGCCGCAUGCAUUCUUACCAUUCCCACAAUAAGAAAAACGCACGUCGCGACCCGAAUGCGAUUUUCGUGAGGGGCACAAACGUACCCAGAGGACCCAACAGCAUCAGUGCGUACUUCAGAGCCGCGGCCGGUGUUUCUAACGACGUUGGACUGUCCAGGGCCCGUAUGCUCGAAAAUAGCCAUUUCCAAGACCUGGCAGCGAUUUCCUACGAGCCGUUUCCGGCCAGAAAUGCCCACAUUAACAGUUAUUUGGAUGCCAUUGCCAAAUCUUAUAAAGAACAAGAGUUGCGUUCUAGGACAGAGCUGGACCAGAAAGUCAAGGCACUGACUGCUAGUACUAGUGCCAAUGCAGACUUUGAAAGUCCAGAAGCAGAGGCUGAGGCUCAAAGCAAGUUGCAAAAGGCAGUGCGCAGUAUUACGAAUAGUCACGUCCCCAAGAUCAAUAUGGGACCCGGAAGAGCCGAAUUCAAAUACCUUUCAAACGCAAUCAGGCUGUUGGGCUCGCAGCAGACAAUAUGUCUGUGUGUCGAUGUCGAAGCAUUCGAGCGUAACACGAACGUGGUGACAGAGAUUGGGAUUUCGGUCUACGACCCGCGUGAAAGCCAGUUUUCCACGAUACCCAGUUUGAGAACGUACCAUUUGAUUGUUGCGGAAUCUUUGAAGCUGCGCAACGGGAGGUUCGUGUGCGACUUGAAGGACUGCUUUCUCAAGGGUGAAAGCUACGUGAUGUCGUUGAGUAACUGUGUCAAGUUCAUGCAAACACUGAUAAACUACUAUAUGGUACCCGAAACCGCAGCUGAACGCAGUUGGGAGCGCGCGUUUGUUGGCCACAACGUCAAGGGCGAUCUUAAGUGGCUCGCUAGCAUCGGCGUCAAGAUUCCACAGAAUAUAGACUACGAUUUGAGCAAGCCACAAAGUCCGGCCCGCAUACUGGUGCUCGACACUGAGCGGCUUUUCAAAACGUCAUAUGGCUCCAAAGGGUCCAGUUUGGGCAAGAUUCUGCGGUUAUUCGAGGUGCCACACGCAUUUUUGCAUAACGCUGGAAAUGACGCUUACUACACUUUAAAGCUGCUGCUGCACAUGUGCGACAUACACUAUCGGAAGCAGCUGGAGAUGGACGAUUUCUACGCGAUCGCGGCCAAGAUCGAGACGUGGACGCAGCGAGACGCGGCAGAGGCCAAGAUUCUGCCGUUGUCGUACGUGAACGCCGCCGUUGAGUUUACAGACCCUACCAUCAAGAAGAAAACCGUGCACCAAACCGAGUUUGGCGGUUGUGUUUGGGUCGAGGAUCCCAUUGCGUUUCUUAGUGGAAAAAAAGACUGA